AUGCCCUCGGUAAAUCGUGAGCUGGCACUGAAGAUUCUUCUUCUUCGACGAAUUCGACGCCGCUUGAAGCGUAAACCUCGUCAACUCUACAUGAGGAAAAUUUUUGAGCAGCGACUCGAUCAUGGAUUUCUUGCUAAACAACUUCGGGACGAUCCUCAAUACCACCAACUAUAUUUUAGAAUGAAUAAGGAAAAUUACGACGAAAUUUACAAUCUCAUAUGCAGUGAAAUUCAAGGAAAGAAUACCCAUCUGCGGCCCAUUUCUGCUCAUCAGAAGCUUGCAAUUACGUUGAGAUACUUGGCGACUGGGAAUACGCAAAUGGAGAUGGCGUUUUCGUAUAGAGUCUCACCACAAUCUGUGUCCGUUAUUUUGCGAGAGGUCAUGAUGUCCAUCUGCACAAAACUUGGGCCACUACAUUUGAAGAAACCGAUGGAAGAAAACUGGAAAGAUAACGAAGCUGGAUUCCGGGAAUUGUGGGAUUAUCCAAACGCAUGCGGAGCGAUGGACGGAAAACAUAUUAGGAUCCGAUCCCCUGCACAUUCCGGCUCCACCAAUUAUAAUUAUAAGAACUUUUACUCGAUCGUCCUCCUUGCAAUUGUUGGACCCGACUACAAGUUCACUGCCGUGGAUAUCGGUGCUAGUGGUUCUCAAUCGGACGGAGGUGUUUUCGGGAGAUCUUCUCUGGGAAACGCCCUUCAUUUAGGAAAACUUGGGCUUCCACCCCCCAAGCAGGUCGGUGAAACUUGUCUUCCACACGUCUUUCUCACGGACGACGCCUUUUCCCUAAAACCAAAUGUCAUGAAACCGUUUCCUGGAAAGUUCUUGCCAGCCCCGCAGCGGAUAUUCAACUACCGCUUAAGCAGAGGGAGGAUGGUAGUAGAAAAUGCAUUUGGCAUUUUGUCUGCGCGGUGGAGGAUAUUUCACGCCCCCAUAAAUUCAGAUCCAGAGCUUACUAAACUAAUUGUUCGGUGUGCUGUCAUCCUCCACAAUUUUCUCAUUUCAAAGAAGGAUCUAUCCAACAUAACCACUGACGGACCACAAUAUGGAGAAACAGGAAACUGGAGAGAGGAAACUGUCGGCGACACUGGAAUGGAAAGGCUACACAUUGAAAACAGCGAUCAUCCUAACUUAAGUGGGGGUGAAGUUAGAGAAGAGUUCUGUCGAUAUUUUAAUAAUGAAGGAGCUGUUGAUUGGCAGCAUGAACGAAUUUAA